UGUGGAAGGGUGUCUCUCUCCUUCCUAUACCUCCACAUGACAGAUGAGGGAUGGGGACAGCUCUCCUGUGCUUACAACUUUGGGACUGGCUCACCCACACCUCUGCCAUCAGGGUUGACUCUACUGUGCUGUCCAGCUUGCAUUGAAAGGCUCGAGCUACAGUGGACUACUUGAACGACAUCAUAUUCACACCAAAAAUGUAGAACAUAUAGUAGAUAGUUUACGGGACGAAGGGAUUGAGGUUCGCCUAGUAAAACGGAGGGAGUAUAAUGAAGAAACUGUUCGAUGGGCAGAUGCUGUCAUAGCAGCAGGAGGUGAUGGCACGAUGCUUCUGGCAGCCAGUAAAGUUUUGGACAGACUUAAACCUGUCAUUGGGGUCAACACUGAUCCAGAACGGUCUGAAGGUCAUUUAUGUCUGCCUGUUCGAUACACACAUUCCUUCCCUGAAGCCUUGCAGAAGUUCUCUCGUGGUGAGUUCAGGUGGCUGUGGAGACAGCGAAUCAGGUUAUAUCUGGAAGGGACUGGCAUAAACCCCACUCCUGUGGACCUUCACGAACAGCAGCUGAGUUUGAAUCAGCACAGCAGAGCCUUCAACAUCGAAAGAGCUGAUGAUGAAAGAUCUGAGACAUCGGGACCUCAACUUUUGCCAGUGCGAGCCCUCAAUGAGGUCUUCAUCGGGGAGAGCCUGUCAUCCAGAAUGCCUUAUUGUUGGGCUGUAGCAGUGGACAAUUUAAGAAGAAGUAUACCCAAUCUAAAGGGACUGGCUUCGUACUAUGAAAUUUCAGUUGAUGAUGGCCCAUGGGAAAAGCAGAAGAGUUCAGGGCUCAAUUUGUGUACUGGAACAGGAUCAAAGGCCUGUGUCUUUUUUAGGAUGGAAGCAAGGAUUCUGUGCUUCUUCUUUUCUAGGUCAUUCAAUAUCAACAGGGUUGCCGCUCAGGCUGUUGAAGAUGUUUUAAAUAUUGCAAGACGACAAGGAAAUCUGACUCUUCCAUUGAACAAAGAGUUGGUAGAAAAAGUAACAAAUGAAUAUAAUGAAUCAUUGCUCUACAGUCCCGAAGAACCAAAAAUACUUUUCAGUAUUCGAGAGCCAAUAGCAAACAGAGUUUUCUCAAGCAGCCGUCAACGUUGUUUCUCAUCAAAAGUUUGUGUCCGUUCUCGAUGUUGGGAUGCCUGCAUGGUUGUGGAUGGAGGAACUUCUUUUGAAUUUAACGAUGGAGCAAUUGCUUCAAUGAUGAUCAAUAAAGAAGAUGAGCUUCGAACUGUGAUUCUAGAACAGUGAAGGAUUUCCUCAGAUGACACAUUUGAUUACUAGAAACAUAUUUUUUUUUCUGCAGAUACAGAUGACCAGCCAUAAACCUACCUUAUUUUGGUCCUUGCUCAGACUGGCUACCACUAGAGUCAAAGGUGACAAAGUGGGAUCCAUGUCCUGUUCUGUUCCAUUGUGAUAGACAAAAACUGUUGACCUUGUGAGAAAUGAUGGACUAAAUGGAUUAGAAUUACAUUGGUGAAGUUUCUAUAGUAUUUACAGUUGGUAACCAAGAAUAUUGAUAUUCUUUAGAGAGGCAGGUUAAAUAAAGGGUUAAGUAUUUAGGAUUUCAAAUUUAACUGUUUUAUAAGUGUUUUGGUUUUAUUUUUUUUUCUUUUUCCUAACUUUGUGGAGUUGGCUUUGUGUCAUUAGUGCAUUAUUUUUAUAGUACCUAAGGGAAAGAUUUUUUAAAAAUUUUGAUGAUGGAGAAUUUUGAUAAAUCAUGAUGUAGACCUAACUGAAGUUGGUAAAUGUGCUUUUAUAUAUGCUAAGAAUUUUCUAAUUCUAGGAAAUAAUGAUAAAAUCAUUAUUGAUUGAAAAAAAUUGAAUCAUUUUUAAAAUUAUUUGUAGAUGAAUUCUGACUUCUUUUGAUUAGUGUCAACAAUGCUAGAUAAAGUACAUCUGUUGGGACAAAUGAUGCUUUGUAAAUGUAUUAAUUUUUCUGUACAAAUUGUUGGUCAUACAAACUUAAUAACUUGAGUCCAAUAUCCCCUUUCCUGUCUUUGAAUCUCUAGUAUGAACUCAAGAAUUAGAAAGAUAACCAAUGGAUAUGUUUUGUUAGGAGUUUGGCAAAACAUUCAAACCUUCCUUUCGUUUUAGAAUCGUCAGUAAGAGAAUUGGACAUAGUUUUGAAAUUGCCUUACUAUAGUAUUUUCCGUAUUCCAAAUUUUAAACAGUAGCUCUGUAGGAUAAAAACACCAGAGCUUCCCCCCCCCCACCCCAGUGUAAAAACCACUUUAUUUUUGAAGGAAACUAUUUUCAUUUAAUUCUUGAUCUUAAAAGUAACUAGUUUUCACAAAACGUUCCCAUUGCUAAAUAAUGAAAUGGUAUUCUCAUGCCACUUACUCAGUAGAGUCAUUUUCACUUGUUGGUGAAAUUGGUUUUCAUUGACAAAGUAUUUAUUGAAGAUGCAUUCUGUGCCUAUCAUGGCAUGUCAUAUAAUGAAGUGUUGGAUAGACACUGAAAUAGACUGUUGAUGGGACUUGAGCCUAGUGAGCUCAAAAGUCAGUGCUGAGAGCUAGGAUGCAUGAUCAGUUCAAAUGCUCUUAGCUUUGCCAAACUCAACAUGCUGCUCUUAACAACUAAAACAUGAAUGUCAACAUGCAAGGCAAGCUAGGUCUGUCUAGGUUUUGUUGUUUAUCCAGAAUGUGUUCCUUCAGAGUAUCUGCAGGAGGAAAUAUGCUAGUGUUUUUGCUGAGCCAAGUCUAAUUUCUAGUUUAAUUUUUUUAAAAAACAUGAUAUAUUUAAGAUACCACUUUAUAUGGAAGUUAAAUUCCACACUAUAUAAAUUCCCCCCAAAGGCUUAAAAUACUUUGUGAGGGGGGGAAAAUGCCACUUCUGCCAUUACUGUAUCCAGGAGUCUGGUUGUCCAUGAUUUACCACAGAUCUAUUAAUAUGUACUACUAGCUAGUAACUAGCUGUGUGAAUUGUUCAUAAGCUACAUUUGGAAAAGUAUUAAAAUUACUGACUACGUUUGCAGUCUAACUUCUGCUCUGUUGCAGGAAGGGUUUAUUUGUAAUAGAUGAAUGGCAAAGGAUGUUGGAGUAUCAGAACUGUCUUCUUAAUGGGUUAACCUUUAAUGACCACUGUAUGCAAAUAAAAUUAAACCAUUGUCUGUUCUUUA